ACAUAAAUUGGAAGAUUUCAAAAUUAAUGUUUCCAGUGUUUAUUCGGUUUGUUGGGGACGACUUGUGUCCAGAAAUUGAUUAGGAAAUACAAAUGAAUCAUUUAAUUUUAGUGUAUUUGGUUGUGCUGUGUGCGGGAUGCAGUUAUGGGAUGAGUCGACAACAAGUUAAAAAAACUAUGGGUAUAGUAAAAAAUCAAUGUAUGCCGAAAAACUCGGUAACCGAAGAUCAAGUUGGGAGAAUAGAACAAGGAGUGUUCAAUGAAGACCGUGAUGUUAUGUGUUACGUCGCUUGCGUAUACAAAACUUUUCAAGUGGUAAAGAAUGACAAACUUGAUAUGGCGCUCAUAACAAAGCAAAUUGACAUGUUGUACCCUCCAGAACUAAAAGAUUCAGUCAAAAAGUCUAUAGCAGCUUGCAUACAUAUCCAGGACAAUUACAACGACUUGUGCGAGAGAGUGUUUUACGGAACAAAAUGUUUGUAUGAAAAGGACCCUGACAGUUUCAUCUUCCCCAUGACGAGGGAACAAAUAAAAAACUCUGGGAAGUUAAUUAAAAAGACGUGUUCUGCAAAAAAUGAUCUAACUGAAGACGAAGUUAAAGAUGUGGACAAGGGAAAAUUUCUUGAAAAGAAAGACUUUAUGUGUUACAUAGCUUGUGUCUACAAAAUGGGACAGAGCGUUAAAGGUAGCACGAUCAACCAUGAUAUGAUGCUGAGGCAGGUGGAUAUAAUGUUUCCCAAUGAUAUGAAGGCACCUGUUAAAGCAGCUAUAGAACAUUGCAGACCAGUUGGAUCACUAUACAAUCAGAGUAUAGGGACGUCGUAUAUAUGGUUACAAGUAGGUUUUAAGCAAACAGUGCAAUUUAGUAAGGGACUUGUGAGUGUCGUGAUGGAUCGAAAAAGAAUAUGUUUAUUCGUGAUAGCUAUGUUUUUGGCCUCUGGAAGUGAUGCUAUGUCAAGACAACAGUUGAAGAAUUCUGGAAAAAUGCUGAAGAAAAAUUGUAUGAAUAAGAUUGGUGUGACGGAAGACCAAAUUGGCAGUAUAGAUAAGGGUAAAUUCAUAGAAGACAGAAAGGUUAUGUGCUAUAUAGCGUGCAUCUAUGAAUUGACGAAUGUGAUAAAGAACAAUAAAUUAAACUACGAAGCUUCCAUCAAACAGAUUGAUCUUAUGUACCCACCUGAUAUAAAAGAAUCAGCAAAGGCUGCUGUGGAAAAAUGCAAAGACGUCCAAAAGAAAUACAAGGACAUCUGCGAAGUUUCAUUUUACGCAGCGAAGUGCAUGUACGAGUACAAGCCAGAAGAUUUUAUUUUUGCAUAAUUUUAGAUUAAAUAGAUUAAUAUGUU